GUACAGUGGUCACUCAGGAACAUCGUCCUCCUCCUCUUCAUCCUCCUGCUGUGUCCACACACAUUCUUCUUCUCCAGGUCCGCCACGAUGGGUCGACGACUACUUCACAGUGCAGUGAUCCUUUGGCUGGUGCAGACAGUGUGUGCACACGGUUACGGUGCUGUAUCUGGAGUUUCCACUGGUCAAGGGCCACAACCUAACGGACACAAGCCCCAGAAUGGUGGAGGUUUAGGCAGAAUGCUGAUGCCAUCAAAGGGUGUGGGUCACACGAUGGGUCCACAGAAUGGAUAUGGUGGAUACCCUUCAAAAGGCACAGGUUAUGGGCCAACAGCUGGAGUUUCAGGUCCAAAUGGAGCCAAAGCAAACGGCUAUGGAGCAGCAGCUGGUGUGGCACAUGGCAGAUCGAUGAAAGGAUAUGGUGGUCAGGCUGGUCAAGCCCAUGGACAUCAAAUGAAAGGCAACGGUUAUGGUGCUCAAGCUGGAGGAUUUGGUGGAAAAGCAAAUAAAGGCCUUGGUUAUGGUGCUGCAGGUGUUCUGGGUGGAAAUGGAGCCAAUGGUCACAGUGCUGCUGCAACAAAAGGUCAGGGAGCAGCAGCUGGUCAGCCCAGUGGCAAUGGAGCGAGAGCAAAUGGACAGGGAGGAGUUGGAGGUAAACCCAUGAAGGGGUAUGGUCGUCCAUCUUAUGGAGCAGGCCCAGGUGUGGGAGUGGGACCCUCCAGAGGUCUGGGAGUACCUCAGCUCACCAGGAACCAAGGGAGGGCAUACAACAAUAAUGGUUAUAAUGGUUAUGGAGCUCAGCCAAUGGGAGGCUACAAUGGUGGUUAUGGUCAUGCUGGUUCAAGUCUUGGACCUCGUUAUGGAAAUGGAGGAAUGAAGGGACCAAAGCAAGGUUCAAGUGGUGUAGCUGGAGUUCCCAAUGGACAUGGUGUGAAAACCAAUGGUUAUGCUGGAGCCAGAGCUUCUGCUGGACAUGGAGCCAUUCCAAACGGACAUGGAUACCCACAUGGUGGCGCUACCAAGCCGGCAAAUACAGGCUAUGGCAGCUUUCUGAAGGGUUAUGGCAACAAACCUAAAGGAUAUGGAGCCUCCAGAGGAGGUGCGGUGAGACCCCAACCAGGUUUUGGAAAUGGAGCUGUUCACUCUGGAUAUGGCAGUAAACCCACUGGUCAUGGAGUUAGAAAUGGUGCUGUGUUGGGUGGAUAUGGAGGAAACAGAGGAGGCUCAAAACCUCAAACUACCAAAGGAGUCGCGGCUCUGUUACCCAGCCAAGGUGCUAAAAUACCCGGUACUGGAUAUGGUGGUGCUGCUGGUGGACCCACUGGUCAGCUGGCCAAAGCAGCCAAUGCUGGUUACGGCAUGAUGCCAAAUGGGAAGAGUGCAAUGGGUGCAGGUGCAACCAAUGGGAAAGGCCUCAAAGGUGGAGUUUUCCCUCCUGCUCAGCCAAGUGCAGCACCACAAGAGGCUGUUAUCCUGCAGCAAGCAAUGAUUCAAGGUGCACUGUCUGGUCUGCCUGUCGCUCCUGGGAUGACACAGGAGAAAAAUCAAAAGCUGCCGUUUGCUCUGCCUCAAGGAAAAAGCUACAAACAGACACCGCUGAACCUUCAGGGUCUACCAGAGCCAGCACCAGCAUUUUCUCAUGGAACUGACCCACUGGCUGCACUCGAAUCGAUACCAGAACUUGGUCUUAUGGGCCCCCAGGGAAAGGGUCUGAAGUUAUCCACACCUGUAUCUGCACCAGUGGUUCCCCAGAGUAAUCCAGAACCAGAACCGGCAAGUAACCAAGAGAACAGGGAAGCUUCACUCUCCAAAGGACAAGGAGCUAAAUCAGCUAAACCUGACUGUGGACCAUCAGGAAUACCAAAUGGACAAUGGAUGAAAUUACCUAGACCAGACUACAAUGCAGGUGCUGGAGGAUCCACUGGCAUGCAGACCAAAGGAUAUGGUGCCAGUGCAGGAGGAUUUCCAAAUGGAGGAGGAGCUAAAGCAAACAAACCAGGUUAUGGCACAGGAGGCUACGCUGUCCCUGGACUCAGCCAUGGAUAUGGAGCUGGUCUUAGAUAUCCUUAUGCAGGAAACCCUAAACAGCCUGGUUACGGUCAAGGAGCAUUCCUUGGAGCUGGAUAUGGAAAUCCAUAUGGAGGAAAUGCAGAUGUGGGCGAAGCAAGCCAAUCUAAAUCAGGCUUUGGGAAUGGCUAUAUUGCUGGUGUUCAGCCUGACUAUGCAAGUCUGGGUCAAGGUGUCCCCGCUGCUGAUGCCCAGUCAGGUGUUGCUGCACAGGUCCCUUACAAUGGAGCACCAAUCGUUCCUGCAGGACUAGAUGGCGUUAGCCAGUUUGAACCUCAGUCUGCCGGCCUUGUUCCAAAUGGAAAAUUGGGCGGCAUUUAUGGUGGAAUGGGCAGUUUACCUUUUGGUGCUCAGACACUUGGAAUGGGUGCAGAGAAGUCAAGUAAGAAAUACGGCAUUGGUGGUUUGCAAUUUGGGGCACAACCCCUCACUCCAGGAGCUCCUGGAGCCGGGAAGUAUGGAUAUGGUGCAGGAGCAUAUGGACCCACAGGGUAUAACGGGUUCCCCAGCAAUGGGCAGCUUCCGGGUCAUGGCAGUACUGGUCAUAUACCUGGCAAAUAUGGUUAUGGACAGAUGCUUUAUGAAGCUCAACAAGCUGGGCUGAGUCCUGAAGCCAAGUCUGCUGGCAAAUAUGGUCUGGCUGGUUCACCGUAUCAGCCUGAAACUCUCGGACUUGGACACUAUGAAAACCAGGGACUGCAUCACUCACAGCCUCUUGAAUCUGCAUCUGAAGCCACAGCUGGUGUAGAAUAUGAUGCAGCUGGUUUGCCAUAUGAGUCUCUGCCAUCUGAGCUCCAUUCACCUGGAAAAUCCUAUGUGAAGAAACAGCUACUGACUCCAGCAGCUGCACGAGAAAGUGAAGGACUCUCUGUGGAUAGAUAUGAUAACGUGGACUACAUAAAUGGACACGUGCAGCCCCAAGUUGUUGCAUAUCCUGCAGCUCCCACUCCCAGCCCCACCCUGGUCUCCGCCCCCUCCCUCACCGAUGACGUGGUGCUCAGAGUAGGUGUUGAAGACUUGCCCGGAAACAUGGGCCCGGUCCACCUCAGCCUUGACUCCGCCCCCGCCACAGAGACGCAGGGCGGGGUUCAGGUGGCAGAAGAACCUGAUGACCUGCUACAAGAGCAGCUUCCGAGGCAGAUACACAUUCAACAGCAGCUCAAGCUGCACUUUCACCCACAAGGAGCAAAGAACAGCAAACACGAUCUGAACGGUUUCUUUGGAAACAGUGGUUUUCAAGGUUAACCAAACUGCCAACCACACAUUUAAUGUCUUUCUCUGCCACUGUAUAUUAUUAUUUUUGAUUGUUUCUUAAUGUUGUUUUAUUUUUCCUUUCGUCCUUGAAGUUCUGCAAAAGUGUAAUAGUACAUAUAAUCACAUUUAAACACGAUGUUAGGGUUUUUGUAGUGUUUCCUUUUUGUCCUGCACACUGUUCAUGCAGGGAUUUCGUUGUUGGAGUGUGAAGGAGACAUAGAGUUCUUCACUUAUUUCUAUAAAAUGUAUUUCACUCUAAUUUAUUUUGCAUGGUAAAUGUUUUUGUACCACUUCUAUUGUAUAGGAUUUGAUUAAUUAAAACCAUCAAAUAAUCCCAA